AUGGGUUAUUUAUUAAACAGGAAUCGGAAGCAGCGCGUGGCUCCUAACAGGCCGCAGACUGGCACUGCCCGGAAUGACCACUUCCUGGAAACUGGCCUGGUCUCUCAGAGCGUCGCUGAAACUCGUGUGUUCCUUGAUUCCGUCCUCGAUGGACUUCUUGAUCAGAUUGUCCCAGUCGCCACUGAUGUACUGACGGCCCUGUCCCCGCAAGACUCCGCCGCUGACACAAGCAAUUGCGUCGUUCACUUGGUACGCCGCCCCGAUGAUCAGCACUUUGCUGGCGAGCUCGAUCACCGCAGGAUCGCUCGAAAACAGUCCAACAACCGUAGUUCUAAAGUGCACAAGCAGCACCGCAUUGAAGGCUCCAAACAGCAGCGACAUCCACAGCGCGGCGUGCGACGCUCUCACGGCAGCGUUCUUGGACGCCGAGCCAAUGAACCACGCCACUCUUGUCGACGCAGCCACGGAGAUCGCAAGCGGGAUCUGGUAGAUCGUGGACCCCGUGGUUGUCAUGAUGGACUGCGAGGCCAACGCGGCCGUUCCGAACUUGGACGAGGCAAACGUGAUGAUCUCGAACGCCAGCCACUCGGCCUCGAUCAUGAUGACUCCCGGACCGGCCAGCCUCAGAGUCUUGUUCCAGUUGCGGAAAACGUCGGCAGAGAACCCGCACCAGCACCGGUAGCCGUUGACGAACCGGGCGUAGCAGAAAAGCAUCGUGGCCAUGCACCAGUUGGUGAUCACCACGGCUGUAGGUGCUCCGAGGAACCCAAUGCCAAACCGUUCGUUCCAAACCAGUUGGUAGUUGAGAAAGAUGUUCAACGGAGCGCACAGCACCAGCACCAGUGUCGACGCGUGGAAAAUUCCCUGUGCUUGCAGGAACUGUUUGAGCACCUCAAACACAAUGUAGCCCGGGACUCCGUAGAUGAGUCUCUUGAGUUCCUGCGAUCCCAGGUUACCAACACUGAAAACAGAGGCCACCGUCAGGGAGAACUGGAGAAGGAAGGUGAUCACCAACGGCAGGGCACUGAGCGACAGCAAGCCGAGCUCUUGCACGACGGAGGUUUCGACCUCCAAGAUCAGUCCCACGUCGGUUGUUCUGGUGGGGACCAGGUUCAACAUGGUGAGCUGAGACAUGGACGAUUUCAUAGAGGCUCUUCUGCUUUGGAUGUAGUGUUCCUCGCUGAUGGAGCCGUACUGGUGAAACGACUCAUCCGCGAGCAGCGACACGUCGUCGUCGUCCAGAUAGGACCGCGUGGAGGGCCGUCUGGGAGCUCUGGCGGUGUUCAUUAG